AAAUCCGUUGUCCCUCUUAACAAACUAAAGACCCACGAAAAACCUAAACCUGAACCCCACUGAAACCGCCCUUAGAAGUUAGAACCAACAUCUCCAAGCUAAUGGAUGCGCUCUUUCUCCAUGAUCCGCUCUCCUUAUCUCUCUUGGUAACAUCUUUGUCUCUCAAUUUUCACUCUGUUAGCUACCCAAAUUAGUAGCUAAUUCAUAGUCGUUAAUUUGACGAACACUACUAUAUGCUGUUUCAUCUUUUGGUGUUUGGCAUUGUCUAAAUUUUUACUGUUGAUUUUGAAGUGUUUCUGUUGUUGGUUUCUUCAUUUUGUGUAAUGGGUAUUGAAGAUUUGCGCAAGAUAGUUGCUUCAUUUACCGUUUCUUUUUAUGGGCAUGUUUCUGUUUGAUAAAAGUCUUCUGAUAUUUUCGGAUUUAUUCAAGAUAAUGAUUCUAGUGAUGGUUUUGGAUUUGGGGUAUGCUUCGUAAUAAGUGGUGAUGUGUAUGGUUUUGUUCUGUUGUUAUGUUAGAUGGGCUGUCAAGAUAGUCUCUUUAGAGUACAGAGUUUGGAUUUUGUUAUAUGGGUAUGUUUCAAUUUGAGGCAAAUCCCAGAACAUGCUAUCUGUGCGACCCAUUCGCAGAUUUUGCAAUUCUGCUGCUGCCGUUGCAUCAACCAAUCCUCGUGCAGUUGCAUUGAAUAACAUUCAAAAUCCCAAGCCUUUGGUAGAUAAACCCUUGGAAGAACCUGCCCUUGUCAGGCUUAAAGCUGAGAGAGACCCUGAAAAGUUGUUUCAGCUUUUUAAGGCUAAUGCGCACAAUAGACUUGUUAUUGAGAAUAAGUUUGCUUUUGAAGACACUGUUUGUCGGUUAGCUGGGGCACGUCGGUUUGAUUACAUUGAGCAUUUGCUUGAGCACCAAAAGAGUUUGCCGCAAGGUAGACGUGAAGGGUUCAUCGUAAGGAUUAUCAUGUUGUAUGGGAAGGCUGGGAUGACUAAGCAAGCGGUUGAUACUUUUUAUGACAUGCAUUUGUAUGGGUGUAAGAGGACGGUUAAAUCUUUUAAUGCUGCACUUAAAGUUUUGUCACAAAGCCGAAAUCUAGAAGCAAUCCAGACAUUUCUUCUAAAUGUUCCACAACAAUUUCAUAUUAUGUUGGAUAUAUUUUCGGUUAAUAUUGUUAUUAAGGUUUUUUGUGAAAUGGGUAUAUUGAAUAAAGCAUAUUUAAUCAUGGUAGAGAUGGAAAAGAUGGGGAUAAAACCAGAUGUUGUUACAUACACAACGCUUAUAUCAGCCUUCUAUAAGAAUAAUCGGGUGGAGAUUGGUAAUGGGUUGUGGAACCUUAUGUUGCGGAAGGGGUGUUUACCCAAUCUUGCAACUUUUAAUGUAAGGAUUCAGUAUUUGGUUAACCGGAGACAAUCAUGGCAGGCCAAUAGUUUGAUGCGUUUGAUGCAACAUCUUCGGAUAAUGCCUGAUGAGGUUACUUAUAAUUUGGUUAUUAAAGGGUUUUGCCAGGCUGGGUAUUUGGAGAUGGCCAAGAGGGUUUAUUCUGCUAUGCAUGGUAGGGGAUAUAAACCUAAUGUUAAGAUUUACCAAACAAUGAUUCAUUAUCUUUGCAAGGGAGGAGAGUUUGAUUUGGCAUAUACAAUGUGUAAAGAUUGCAUGAAGAAGAGCUGGUUCCCAAAUGUUGAUACAAUUUAUACAUUACUUGAAGGCCUUAAGAAGAAUAAGCAGCUAGAAAAGGCUAAGAUGAUCUUGUCGUUGGCUCGCAAAAGAGUGCCACCUUUUUCGUCAUAUCAAUUAAGUUCUUUGCAAUCUAUUUUUUCAAGGAGUUGACUUCAAAUUGACUAAUGGCUUGGAUCAUUUAAUUAAUGUGAUAGUGGAGUUUACGGUACUUAUUCUUUUCAUUUGAGUCAUUGUAAAUUGUCAAAAAUUAAAUGGACAUCAGAUUAUAUUGGCAAACAUCUGGCCACAGAUUAAAUUGUACCACCUCAAUAAAGUUCGCUGUGAAAUGAAAGUUAUAGUGGACAGGGGUGACCCCAAAUUCUUGUAAGUCAUAGUGCAUGUUUUCUCUCUCCCUCUUCUACAAAUGGUUUACCAUUCUUCGCACAAUGGACACAUAUUAUUUCAAAAUUUUCAACGUUUCUCUAUAUUUAAACUUUAAAGUGCUAAUUCUACCUCUUACUAUCUAGUUUGCAAUCCAUC